UCCAGAGUUCAAACAGCCGCAGUUUAGUUUCUUUUUAGCGCAGCAGGCGGACAGGACUGUUUACACCAGAAACUUUUUUUAAAUUCUCUCACACAGCGGUUUGGUUUUUCUCUCUUCCCCAAAGUUUUUUCCCAUUUCGUUCUUUAUUUUUUAUUUUUUUUCUACCAUUUUUUUUCUUUAUUGAUUUCACCCAGUUUGGAUUUUUACGCUCAGAUAAACUGAGCAUCGGGUCCGCGGUGCUCCGACAUGGCGCGCUUGUUCCUGCCGUGGCUCCUGCUGGUCUUCUCGGCGCAGACGGUUCUCACGCAGCCUCCAAAGGCGGUCUUCGAGCUGAAGGUCCAGUCCUUCAGCAGCUCCCUCAGCAUCUGCAGCCAGUCCAGCGACUGCCGCAUCUUUUUCCGCAUAUGCCUCAAACAUCAUCAGGGCGUCAUUAACCCGGAGCCGCCGUGCACCUACGGGAACGCAAGCAGCGCCCUGAUGGACCCCGGCUCCAUCGCCCAGAGCUCCCCCAUGAGGGUGAACGUUUCCUUUAAGUGGCCGGGCUCCUUCUCUCUGAUCCUGGAGGCCUGGACCGCGGAAUCCUCAGAUCUGAAGGCUGCAGGGGACCAGAGCAACCUCCUCAGCCGGAUGACGAGCCUCCGCCGGCAGACUGUCGGGGAGAAAUGGUCCCAGGAUGUCCAGCAGGACAACCAGAGCCAGCUGGACUUCGCCUAUCGGGUGGUCUGCAUCGAGAACUACCACGGGGAGGACUGCUCAGCCUACUGCCGGCCCCGGAACGACACCUUCGGCCACUUUAACUGUGACGGCGAGGGGAACCGCCAAUGCCUGGAUGGCUGGAGUGGACAGUACUGCACGGACCCCAUCUGUGCAGGAGGCUGCGGCGAAGACCGUGGCUUCUGCGAGUCAGCCGGGAUGUGCAAGUGCAAGCAGGGCUGGGAGGGGAAACACUGCGACCAGUGCGUGCGGCACCCGAACUGCAUCCACGGGACCUGCCAGCAGCCCUGGCAGUGCAACUGCAAGGAGGGCUGGGGAGGCCUGUACUGCGACCAAGACCUGAACUAUUGCACCAACCACCGGCCGUGCCAGAACCAAGCCUCAUGCACCAACACCGGCGAGGGGAGCUAUACCUGCACGUGCCAACCUGGCUUCACUGGCAAGAACUGCGGGACGGAGACCAACGAGUGCGACAGCAACCCCUGCAGGAACGGAGGAAGCUGCAAAGAUCUGUUGAACGAUUAUUCCUGCGCAUGCCCUCAGGGCUUCUAUGGGAAGAAUUGCGAGAUAAGUGCCAUGUUAUGUGCAGAUGAGCCGUGCUUUAAUAGAGGAACCUGCAUGGAGUCCGACACCGGCGGCUACAGCUGCCUCUGCCCGACUGGCUUCACUGGCUCCAACUGCGAGAAGCGGAUGGAUCGAUGCAGCAGCAACCCCUGUGCUAACGGUGCGCAGUGUCUGGACCUUGGUAACAGACUCAUGUGCCGGUGUCGGCCCGGCUUCACCGGUGCUCGUUGCGAGACCAACAUCGAUGACUGUGCAAGCAACCCCUGCCGCAAUGCUGGCACAUGCGUGGAUGGCAUCAACGACUUCACCUGUAGGUGCACUCUGGGCUUCUCGGGCAAGGACUGCUCUGUGCGCACGAGUCCAUGCGACGAUUUCCCCUGCAGCAAUGGGGGCACCUGCUACGCCCACUUCACCGGACCCCUAUGCAGGUGUCCUUUAGACUUCAUGGGUGAACGCUGUGAGUACUUUCUCAGCUUUCCCACUCAAAGACCCCCUAAAGGCGAAGACUCCAAUCCCGCACUGAUUGCAGCCAUCGCCUUUGGUCUGGUGACUCUGAUGCUGCUUAUGUGUGCUGGUGUCCACAUCCUGCGUCAACUCCACCGUAGCAGGAAGCUAGCAGCCAUCUCCAGGUCUGUCAAGAACGACCUUGAGACUGUGAACAACCGCAACACUGUGAUCGGUGGGGGUGGGCCCAACAAUGGGUGUUUAGUGGGAACUCAAUUUUGCAGCUUGAAGGAGAAGGAGGCCUUUCUUCUCCCUGGAGGUCCAUAUAAAGUGUCCAACAAGGAUGCAGCGCUGGCAGAGAAGGGCAGUGACAACGUGUCCAUGUAUAAAAACAAAAUGGCCGACUGUAACCUUGCCAAAGAAGAGCACCGCCUGGAGAAGAACAAGUUUGACCCUCAGAAACACGACUCCUCCAUCAUCAUCCCACCUCUCAGUUUUGCAAAGGACGGUCUCUAUCAUCCAGUAUUCCUCAUCCCUGAGCCUGUGGAGCAGCAUGUGUUUGCCACAGAGGUAUAACUUUGAGUUUUCAGACCACCAGCGGAGGGGCUUUCACGCUGGAGGGCCUGAAACUGUUCUGUCACGGACAGAAAAACCAGAGGAUCUAUUCUACACAAAAGUUUCUAUUUAAUAUUUAUUGCUGCUACUCAAUGGAAACAAACAAACACCACAAAGACUGUUAUUUUGCCUCGAUAGUGACAAUGUUCGGAUGACAAUGAGAGAGAAGAAGAAAAGCUGAAUGUUCCGCGUCAUUUGCACUAUUUAUCUUUUUUUUUAAUAUAUAUAUACUUUAUAAAUCCUAAUUUAACUUUCUUCACUUUCUUGAGAAUGAACGAAGAGAUGAAUUGUUCUUCGAUCUGAAAAGUCCUGUUUGACAAGAACAAUCAAUCAAUCACUUCACCUGCCUGAUGUUGCAGGAACUGAAACUGUGUUGGAACAAUCGGGACUUUAUAACAAGUCCCAAAUCUAUAUAUAUAUGUUAUUUUCAGAAGACUUCACUUUGUUCCUAUCUUCUGGAUUCGGUUAUCUUGCAUUGGAAACAUUGAGCUCAUAAUCCGCGUCCAAACAGAGGUGCCUUGUUAAGAAAAGCAGCUAAAGGAUGUCAAAUAGUGGAAUUAAACUGGAUCUGACUGACUUCUAUCAGGUCGGUCUUUUCUUUCCUGCCUGCUAAUCCCAUCGAGACAUGAAAGCUUCGACCUUGAAAUUAUUCUGGUCUCCUUCCUGCUACUUUUUCAGCUUAUCUAGACUUUAUAGUCUGAACUCAAAAAAAAUAAUCUAAGAAUAUGUUGACAAUGUGAUAAAAAGUUCCGUCAAGAAUACAUUGCUCCGUUUUUCUUCCAGUGGACAUUCCAGUUUUUCUAGCUAACUUGCCAUUAUGCUGCUUUUAUAUGUUUACCUGCUACAGUAAGAGCAUUAGACCGUGAACAUGUUUCAGUGCAAACAGCUGUGGGGAUUUUAUGUCUUCAGUGUGCCAGUUAAGGACUCAACAGGGGUCUUUUUAUUAUGCCUUUUUAAAUACUCCAUUUGAAACCAAAAAGAUGCCUUUUUAAUGUGCAGUCAUG